AUGCUCAUCCCACAAAUGCUCAUUAGCGGCGGAGUUCUCGCAAGAGCUUUCAAACUCUCGACACGAUUGUCAGAAAAAAUGCACCAAAUUCUCAUAAUUCCCUGCGCCAAUCUUGUUCAUCGUAGAUUAGGAUGGCUAGGAACUCUCUUGUUCCACCAUAGCUAUGCAACCGGUAAAACAACGAUGAUAUUGGACUCCAAGUCAUUUCGCUACAGCUUUAUAUUGAGGCCUGUUCUAGCCGCGGUUAUACUAUUCCGCACGCAAGCUGACCUGUUCAACUCCAUGUUAGGAGAGGUAAGUCGCAUACUCCACAUGCCACCAGGGCAACUAACAUAA